AUGGCAAAUCUAUUUAAAUCAAAAUGUGAAUUUUUCCAUGUAAGUUAUUUAUCAUUCGUUCAUGGUGUAUCGACUAGUGAAAAAGAAGGUUAUCUACAAGAAGAAUCUAUUAAUUAUUAUUUUGAUUACCAUGCUUUAUCGCGUGCAUCAUAUUUUUGUGAUAUAUGUAAAUGUCAUGACAGUCCGAAAUGGUUUGUUAUUAAAGAUAGCUAUAUAGUUGAUAUACGACCAGAUACAUAUGAAAUAUGUUUUCCUAUGUUAGUUGAUCGUGAUUUUCAAGUUUCCACUGAUCUUCAAAAUAUUGCUAGUAAUGAUAGUAUUAAAAUAAGCAAUUCACAGCGUACAUUAGUUAUUAAUUGUCGAAAAGCACGUGAUUGUGAUGAAUGGACAAAAAAUUUAUCAAAUUUAACUGAACAAGCAAAAGAUUUUGUCAAUGAAACACGAAGUCGAUUUGAUUCAUAUGCACCUGUUCGAGAAAAUCAAUUAGCUUAUUGGUUUAUUAAUGGUAAAUCAUAUAUGGAAGCCGUUGCUAAAGCACUUUUAACAGCUAAAGAAGAAGUUUUUAUUACUGAUUGGUGGCUUUCACCUGAACUUAUGUUGAUUAGACCAGCAGAUGAUAAAACAUUUCGACUUGAUAAUAUAUUAGGAAGAAUAGCUGAUGCAGGAGUUCGUGUUUAUGUAAUGAUUUACAAGGAAAUGCCAUUUGCUUUAGGUUUAAAUAGUUUAUAUACAGAAAGAAAAUUAGUUUCGAAAAAUGCAAAAGGAUUUAUUAAAGUUAUUCGACAUCCAAAUCAUAAUACUACGAAUGGAGUACUGUUGUGGUCUCAUCAUGAAAAAAUGGUUGUUAUCGAUCAAAAGAUUGCCUUCGUUGGUGGAAUUGAUUUAUGUUAUGGUCGUUGGGAUGAUGAAUAUAUGCGGUGAGUUAUUGUCUUACAUUAAACUUCAUGUUGUUUUCACGUACAUCAUGAAUCUAUUUUCGAACAAGAAAAAAACGCAUACAUAUGAGAGUUUUAUAUGUGUCUAGGAUAGACUCUAGAUAUGUGUAAAGUUGAUAUACUGAUUAAAGUGACAUCAACAUUUUCUAUAAAAGUCAAACACAAACUUUAUCAAAACUAUGCUCUUUCAGCAUCGUUCUAUUCCGAUGCUUCUCUAACACUAGAACUAGUGUGCACGAUCUAGAUUAUGUCACUGAUGUUGAUAGUUAGUAGACUGCAGUUGCACACAUAUUGUACAUGCUAUUGAGAAUGAUUUUUUUUUAUUUAUUAAAUUAUAAAACUUUUUUUUUUAAGAAGUGUUAUACAAACUUUGUCGAUAGUACGAUUUUAAUUCAUCUAACAUGCAAAUUAUACUGUUUAGUCUAAUUAGUAGACAAGUGAUUAUUGAAUAAUUAUUA